AUGGACCCUUUCCAAAUGCGUCAAUUACUAAUCCGUUGUGCCCAUUUCAUCUCUCAAUCGGACUUCCUCUCAGCUCAUCGCUUUCUUUCCAUUAUCUCUUCAAACUCAUCCCCUUAUGGCGAUGCCACUCAAAGAUUGCUUCAUUAUUUCUCUUCUUCACUCUCCCAUCACCUCCCUUGUUCUUCUUCUUCUUCGUCGUUACAACAAGAUGGGCUUCAAUCUUGCUAUUUAUCAUUGAAUCAAAUCACACCCUUUAUUAGAUUUUGUCAUUUGACUGCAAAUCAAGCCAUUUUGGAAGCUAUUGAGGAUUGUGGGAUGGUUCAUGUGGUGGAUUUUGAUAUCAUUCAUGGUGUUCAAUGGCCUCCUCUUAUGCAAGCUUUGGCUGAGCGGUUUGCUUCUCCUAUGCUUCGUAUUACUGCCAUUGGUCUUGAUCUUACCUCUCUUCUUAAGACGGGUGAUAGGCUUUCCAAAUUUGCUCAUUCACUUGGCUUGAGGUUUCAUUUUCAUCCUCUUCUUCUUCUCAAUGAUCAUGACGUUGACCGUCUUGUCCCCGCCGCUCUCACGCUCUUCCCCGAUGAAGCGCUCGCCGUCAAUUGCGUUCUCUACUUGCACAGACUUUUGAAGGACGAUGUUCGGCGAUUGCUUCAUAAAAUAAAGGCUUUGAAUCCCAAAGUGGUGACCAUAGCUGAAAAGGAAGCAAAUUUCAACCACCCUUUAUUCAUGCAAAGAUUUCUAGAGGCAUUGAAUCAUUACUCCCUAAUAUUUGAUUCAUUGGAAGCAACUAUGCCUCAAAAUAGCAAAGAGAGGCUAGAAGUGGAGAAAGUUUGGUUUGGUAGGGAAAUAGACGACGUCGUUUCCGAGGAAGGGAACAAGAGAAGGCAACGCCAUGAAAGGUAUGAAUCAUGGGAAAUAAUGCUUAAAAGUUUAGGGUUUUCUAAUAUUCCUUUGAGCCCUUUUGCCCUCUCACAAGCCAAACUCCUCCUAAGGCUUCAUUACCCCUCCGAAGGCUACCAUCUUCAAACCCUUCAUGAUUCCCUUUCUCUUGGUUGGCAAAAUAGACCCCUUUUUUCAGUCUCUUCGUGGCAUUGAGAAACAAAACCCAAUGAAAUGGCUCUCAUUUUCAAUACCCACCAAGAAAAAUGAAGAAAUUUGCAAGAACAAUGGGAAUUUGGGUGAUUUCAAGAAAACCCACCAAGAAAAAUGAAGGAAUUUGCAAGAACAAUCAAGGAAUUUGCAAGAACAAUGAAGAAAUUUGCAAGAACAAUGGGAAUUUGAGUGAUUUCAAGAAACCCCACCAAGAAAAAUGAAGGAAUUUGCAAGAACAAUGAAGGAAUUUGCAAGAACAAUGGGAAUUUGAGUGAUUUCAAGAAACCCCACCAACAAAAUUUGAGUCUUUUACGGUUUGCAUGAAAAUUAUUAGCCUAUGAAAUUUUCCCUAUCAAUUAAUUGUGUAAAGCUAGAAUCUUUCAGCUGUUCUUCCAAAGGGAAAGCUGGAACCGACAAAUAUUGAAUAUGUAAUAUUAUUAUUUUUUUGGGUACUAAAUAAAAUCUUUGUUUCUUUUUUUAA